AUGCCCGGGCUCACGGCGCCGUCCGACUACGCGGAGGAGCCGCCGCGUCACCCGGACCUCAAGAUCAACUCCAAGGAGCCAUUCAAUGCUGAGCCUCAUCGAUCAGCGCUAGUCGCAUCUUACAUCACCCCAGUGGAUUUCUUCUACAAGAGGAAUCAUGGACCCAUCCCGAAAGUCGAGGACCUCUCAAGAUACACUGUUUCCAUUUCUGGUCUCGUCAACAAGUCUAUUCAGCUAUCCAUGGGUGACAUUUGGGCUCUUCCAAAGUACAAUGUCACGGCAACUUUACAGUGUGCGGGAAACAGGAGGACUGCGAUGAGUAACGUACGAAAAGUGAGAGGUGUUGGGUGGGACAUAUCUGCUCUUGGAACUGCAACUUGGGGAGGUGCCAAGCUAUCUGAUGUCCUUGAGCUAGUUGGAAUACCAAAACUCAGUUCAGUCACAUCUCUAGGAGGGAAGCACGUUGAAUUUGUUAGCGUUGACAAGUGUAAAGAGGAAAAAGGCGGUCCUUAUACGGCAUCUAUUCCAUUAAAGCAGGCAACUGAUCCUGAUGCUGAUGUAUUACUUGCAUAUGAAAUGAAUGGAGAGGUACUCAAUCGGGACCAUGGAUACCCACUCCGGGUUGUUGUACCUGGCGUUAUUGGUGCACGCUCUGUAAAAUGGUUGGACAGUAUCAACAUAAAAGAGGAGGAAUGCCAGGGCUUUUUUAUGCAAAAAGAUUACAAAAUGUUUCCACCAACCGUUGACUGGGACAAUAUUAAUUGGUCAACUAGAAGGCCACAGAUGGAUUUCCCUGUGCAGUCUGCUAUCUGUACACUGGAAGAUGUAGAUGUUAUCAAGGAAGGAAAGGCUAGGAUUGCUGGAUAUGCACUUUCUGGUGGUGGCCGUGGCAUUGAGAGAGUGGAUAUAUCUUCUGAUGGGGGUAAAACAUGGGUUGAGGCUCGUAGAUAUCAGAAAGACAAUGUGGCGUAUGUAUCAGAUGGACCUCAAAGUGAUAAGUGGGCUUGGGUUCUCUUUGAGGCUACAUUAGACAUACCAGCAAAUGCUGAGAUCCUUGCUAAGGCGGUGGAUUCAGCUGCAAAUGUUCAGCCCGAAAAGGUAGAAGACAUAUGGAAUCUGAGAGGAAUCCUCAACACAUCUUGGCAUCGGAUCAAAAUACAGAACUCUUCAUCCGUAGGAAGAUCUAAGAUGUGA